AUGUACUGCACACAGUCUGGGGACCUGCGCGAUGACAUGCUGAAUUCAACAGAAAAAGGCAGGCCAGCGCACGAGUCUGGUCUCUCCAAACUUUCCGUGCUCUCUAAACUGAUGCAUGCGCGCUGCCCUACCGUCCCUUUUCAGAUGCGCUCUGGCCAAACUUUUUUUUUCCGAUGAGCGCCGCUUUUUUUCUGAGUCUGUGCUACCGAAUUCCGAGUACACGCGUCGAGCCGCCGCGCGUUCCGGGAACUUUUUUUGUGCCCAUCAUAAUGAUUUUUGUUGCACCUUUGUUAUCACGCUGAACGUUCGUAUAGCUCUCAAUCUCACUCAGUUUUCCUGAAGUUCCAUUUUCACUGUUCAAUUGAGUUUCUCAAGUGUGUUACAAAAAACAGUCAUCGAAACUACCAAAGUUUUCCUGACAAUCAAGCUCCAUACUAGACAAUUGGGACUGAAAUAGUGUAUUUUUUAAUUUUUAUGGCGGUACUGGAGUUAGGAAUCUAACAACAGACAUAUUUAUCUUUUCUUCCACUCUUUUCUUAAAUUGCGUAGCUCGAAUCCACAUAAUCGUUUCUCAUAAUCUUUUUUUGAAUCGUUCAAAGUGAUUUUUCGUUUACAUUUGACGUUAUGUUCGUGAUGUAUUUACGCCCUUUUUUAUAUAUCAGGUCUCCAUUAUGUAAACGGAUAUUUUCAGGGUAAACUUUCGAAUCAAAAUGGACGUUCGUCAAGUCAAAAUUUCCAUCAGUGAGGCCAACGCUCAAAAGACCGUGGUUCAAAGGGUGGCGACGACCGUGAAGAGAUGGUGUGAGAAAAAACGUCUCACGUUAUGCUCGAAGAAAAACGCUCCUUUGGUCUCAUUCAUCCAUCACAAAAUGCUUUACAAAACGUUCAACGUUGCCAAAGAUCAAUACAAAAAACUUGAUGACAAAGUUCAAGAGCUGGGCAACGAGCUUUCGUCAUUCAUAUCCCUGCACCCAGAGGUGAGUGACGUUUUCAUUCAAGAUCAACAUUUUUCUGGUUGCAGUUGAACGUGACGUCGGAUGUUGUUGUCGACGAGGUCGAUACUUCUUCUUUCGGAUACAUAAGGGAAAUCGCUUCGGAAGUUCAAGUGCUCAUGAUGGACUACAAAGAAGCUGACCGAAAGGAAAGAGAAGCGCACGCUAAGGCGAAAACCUUAUGCGAGCAGUACAACGAGCAGAGAAGAAUCAUGAAAGAGACUCCGUCGAGUCUCACUUGGCAACGAGCAGAAGCUCUCAGAGACGAGUUCCACAAAGUGGAAUCUUCCAAGAAAGGAUUGUAUGACGCGGCGGCCAAAGCAGACAAAAAACUGAAGGAGUUUGUCCGGGGAAAACCGGUGAGUCCAAUUGAUUCUUGGUUGUGUCGACAAAUAUAGUAUAACGUGUAAAACUUUUUUUGAUUACAUUGAAAAACUCGACAAAGAACAAGAAAUUUUAAUAUAUCAUUUAUUUUCAAUUUGAAAAAUUUGCAGGUGGUUGCUUCCGCCGCACGCGAUUCUCGUAGACUGGCGCAGGAGCGAUUCAGAUCUAUCAUUUUGAACAAGGUGAUUUUUUGAAUAAUCUAAAGAUGCAGAGGCAAAAGUCAACUAACGCUUAAUUCUCAAAAACUCACUUUUUUCAUGAACAUUUUCAGACAAACGGCAAGGCUCCUCAAAAAAAGUCUCCACUUGUUCUGAAUCAAAAAGUCGCAAUCGAAAACAAGGUUAGUUUUGAGUUUAUUAGAAACUCAAGUUAUCAAAAACCAGCAAAUUUCCCUUUGCAAAUCACGAAAUUACAGGUCAUUGUCGGCAAUGUUGGAGACAUUGAUGGACAAAUCAAUAAGACCGCCAAGAGUAUCCAUAAUAAGAAACAGGUAAAAAGUUACAACUACUAUAUCAAAGCAAAAAUGAGAAUAUUUUUAUCCGUUUUUUUCUAUUUAUCGAUCGAUAAUUCACGAAAUUGCAGGUCGUCGUUGACCCUAGUGGAGACAUUGACAGGCAGAUCAAUGAGGUUACCAAUGGUAUCCGAAAGAAAAUAAAGGUAAACAUUCACUAAUAUUACACCGAAUCAAAAAAAAAAAGCUUUUUUUCUUUAUUCUUAUAUCAGUCGAAUCUUAUAUCAAUCGAAAAUAUCCAAAAUUGCAGUUCAUCGUCGGCCCUGAUGAAGACAUUGAUGGGCAAACCAAUGAGAAUACCAAUGGCAUCCAUGAUGGAAUGCAGGUGAGACUUUUGACUUAGAAUUUCACUUCGAAACAGAAAAAAGGACACAAACAUUUUAUCAAUCUUAUAUUUCAGGUGUUCAAUGGCCAGGUGAACGACGUCGUUGAACAGGACGGCGUCAGCAACGACGGCAAAUAA